UGGCUUCCACACAGUCUCUCCUAAAGUCCAACUCUGGAUGAGUCAAAAUGUCCAGACCUUACAGGCUGCUGGUGAAAAAUGCCAAACAGCUGGUUUUGAUCUGCAAAAGCUCAGAGAAGUUCCUGACCAAAGAAGGGAUACAAAAUUUGUGUGUGAUUGAAAACGGGAGCAUUGUGAUAGGAAGUGAUGGACUGAUUAAAGCUGUGGGACCUGCAGAAACCAUCAAAUCUCAGUAUGCAGAAGCUUUGUUUGACAAAGUGAUCGAUGCUACAGGAAUGUGCGUCCUGCCUGGGUUGGUUGACGCUCACACGCAUCCUGUCUGGGCUGGAGACCGGGUGCAUGAAUUUGCAAUGAAGCUGGCAGGUGCCACCUAUAUGGAUGUGCACCGUGCCGGUGGAGGCAUCCACUUCACAGUGGAGCACACUCGAGCCGCCACCGCCUCGGACCUCCUGGCGUCCCUCCGCAGCAGGUUGGUGCGGAUGCAGCGAGCAGGCACCACCCUGGUGGAGUGCAAGAGCGGUUACGGCCUGGAGCUGCAGACCGAGCUUAAAAUGCUGGAGGUGAUCGAGGAGGUCCGGCGCUCCCUGCCCAUAAACAUCUCUUCAACCUACUGUGGAGCUCAUGCAGUGCCCAAAGGGAAAACAGUGGCAGAAGCCACGGAGGACAUCCUGCAGGUUCAGCUGCCGAGGCUGAAAGAAAAGUUGUCUGCUGGGACUCUCAGAGUCGACAACAUCGAUGUGUUUUGUGAGCAGGGAGUAUUUGACCUCAGCUCGACUCGCUCCAUCCUGCAGGCUGGCAAACAAAUGGGCCUCAACAUAAACUUCCACGGAGACGAGCUUCAUCCCAUGAACUCUGCUCAGCUGGGGGCAGAGCUCGGAGCCUUAGCCAUCAGUCACCUGGAGGAGGUCACAGAUGAAGGCAUUGCUGCCAUGGCCAAAGCAAAAACCGCUGCAGUCCUCCUGCCAACUACAGCUUAUAUUCUCCGGUUGCCCCAGCCUCGGGCCAGAGACAUGCUGGAUGCCGGAGUAAUCGUAGCCCUCGGGAGCGACUUCAACCCCAAUGCCUACUGCUGCUCCAUGCCGAUAGUGAUGCACCUGGCUUGCGUUAACAUGAGGAUGUCUAUGCCGGAGGCUUUGGCCGCGGCCACCAUCAACGCAGCCUACGCCCUCGGGCGCUCCCACACACAUGGAUCCCUGGAGGUCAACAAGCACGGAGACCUGCUGCUCCUCAACGCCACUCCUGACUUCCUCAUGCAGUUCCUCUCAGCACCCUAUCAUCACAGUGCAACUCCUUCUGACCUCUGUACUUCUCCAUCAGCACUCUCAAAGCAAACGUUGCACAUGUAGUGCUCUCUCUGGGCAUGAAGCCAUACUGCUGCUCACUGAUCAUCACCUCGCUCCUUACAUCUACUCUCCCUCUCUCAUAUCAGCCAGCUCUCUCCCUUUGCCAAUCAUAGUCCCUACAUUUAAAGUCCCUGAUCUUACUGUACUUCCACGCUCACACCUUUCCUUCUCACUGCCUCCUAGCAAACCUUUCCUCUUCCUUUGUGCUACUGUUGGCCAAAGAUAGUUACCACCAGCACCAGGCAGUCACUGUUAACCCAGCCCCUAUCUAGUUUUUAAAAAAAAAAAAAAUAAAGUGGGCAAACGCUUGCAACCCCUACUCUAGAUCAAUGUUAGAUGGAAAGCUGAUUCGGGAGAAAUAUUUUGCCCCCUCUGGUCUGACCUUUGUUAAGCCUGAAGCGACCCGAUGCUGGUUUUAUCAGUAGAUUGCUUAAACAAAAGCAAGUGUGUCAGUGAUUAUCACCUGGAACAAAAAUCACAUCAAACCGCAUUUCUGUAGAGUGCUCU